AUGUCGCAAAAUCAAAAUUCAACCCGUGAUGAUACUCUUGGCAAUGAAGAGAAUAACAGAACCACCGAAGAACGCUCCUCACAAUUGCCUUCCGAAGUGGAACCACCAACUAAAAAGUUGAAAGAAUUUGAUGAGAAUUUAAAGAAGGAGAUUGAUACUACGGACAACUCUUCAUCAUCAAACAAUAAGAUCACUAUUUCGGAACAAAAUUCUUCUGCAGGAUCAACAGAAUCUAAUACUAGCUCUGGUUCAGAAACCCAAACUACUACUACUACUCCCACCAAGUGUAAGGCUACGACUUGUCCUUUCUUUGGAAAUCCAAAAUCGGAAGGUUAUUGUUCCGUUUGUUAUCGACAAGUUGUUCUCAAGGAAACAAUUCCAACAACAAAUAACCUCCAGACACAAUCUCGUCAACGAACUAGCCAAGAAAAUCCUCUUCAAGAAGCAAUUAGGAAUGGUCAGUUAGAACGAGUGAAAACAUUAAUAUUGGAAGAGAAAAGAAGCGUCAACGAAGAGCAUUAUGUUUCGGGAGAUGAAGAUUUAGGACCUUGGACACCACUAGGCACAGCUUGUUUUUAUGGUGAAACAGAUAUUGUGUUGUUUUUGUUGAGCCAACCUGGAAUUGAUGUCAACAAGGAAAUAUAUGGAAAUACGUAUCCAAUUAAUUCAUGCAUGCAAAAUCAUCGAUUCGAGACGGCAAGGCAAUUCAUUAACGAAUGUAAAAAACGUAACAUUUUCCUUGAUUUGAAUAAGAAAGGGUACAUGAAUUGCACACCUUUGGAGACUUGUUGUUACGAAGCAAUUUGCAAAAACAACGCCAACGAACAGGAACCAUUUGUUGAGAUGGUUUUAUUUCUCGUGAAGGAAGGAGCUGAGCCUCUCAUUGUUACACAUCAUUUUAGUGCUAACAAGAUGUUAGACAUUUUAGAUAGAGCCUUACAACGUCUUUAA